AUGCUCAUCCUCAACGCUUGGAAGAGGCUAUCAGCCAAACAACUCGGCUUCGUCAUCCAAGCCUUCUCCCUCGUAGCCAUCUUCUUCGAGGGCUAUGAUCAGGGUGUCAUGGGCGGCGUCAACGCCAGCCCGAGAUACGUCCAAGAAGUGGGCAUCGGUCUACCCGACGGCACCGUGACCAACGUCACGAAGCAAGGCGGCAUCAUUAGCAUAUAUUACCUCGGCGCCAUCGCUGGAUGUUUCGUUGGUGGAUGGAUAGCGGAUCGCAUCGGUCGCAUCAACGGGUUGUUCCUGGGAGCAAUCUUUGCACUCGUGGGAGGCGCUCUGCAAGCUGCGACACAGAGUGCCAGUUUCAUUCUGGUUGCGCGGGUUGUGACGGGAUUCGGGACUGGAGCACUAACGGGCAUCACCCCCGUCCUUAUCUCAGAGGUGUCCAACGCACAACACCGCGGUGGCAUGCUCGGCUACGUCUUCAUCGCCAACUACCUUGGAAUCUCGCUCGCAUACUGGCUUUCCUUCGGCCUCGCAUUCAUCGACAACGGAUACUCUGACAUCCGAUGGCGAUUUCUCCUCGCCUUCCAAUGCAUCCCUGCGCUACUGCUGCUAGGAGGCAUCAAACUGCUCCCCGACUCGCCCCGAUUCCUCGCCUCCAAAGGCCGCCUGCAGGAGGCGAAAGAAGUCCUGGAGCAUAUCCGCGGGAACGCCGGCGUGGAUGUGGAAGUCGAGUUUCAGGAGAUUUGUGCGAUGGCAGAGCACAGCGAGCCCAACUCGCCCGUCGAGUUUGUCAAGAUCCUCUCGGGUUUCGGUGGGCGACACUAUGCACCGCACCUUGCGCGGAGGGCGUGGCUGUGCAUAUGGCUUCAGAUUAUGGCUUCUUGGACGGGAAUUACGGCGGUCACGGCUUAUUCCCCAGUGCUGCUACGCCAGGCUGGAUACAGCACGUUGAAGCAGAAUGGGCUUGCCGGCGGCCUCAACACCAUUGGAAUCAUCGGGACCAUCAUCUCCGCACAGAUCGUCGACAGGAUAGGACGCCGUAUCUGUCUGAUGGGAGGAGCCACGGGUCUGGCCCUGGUCAACCUGAUUGCGGCCAUCCUUUAUGAGGUGUCCCUUCAGAAUCCCUCCAUCUCUGGGAGUAUCGCUCCGGCGGCGGUGACCAUGCUGUUCUUGUUCAAUCUCGUUUAUGCCAGCACUUGGGGAACAGUCGCCUUCCUCGUCCCAACGGAGAUCUUCCCCAGCGAUCUCCGAGCCCAAGGCAACGGUUUCGGAAUCACUGGGUGGGCAUUGGGUGUGGGAAUGACGACACUGGUCAACCCAAUCAUGUUCUCCGUCCUAAAGAGUCGAACAUACUUCCUCUUCGCCGGGUUGAAUCUCUGUUGGAUCCCAAUUGUGUUCUUCUUCUACCCAGAGACCGCGAAUCGAUCCUUGGAAUCCAUCGAAGCCAUGUUUUCAUCCUCGUCGCCCCUCUUCAAGAGCAUGGAGAAGGCAUAUUGGUCGGGGAAAGAAGGGCUGGAUGCUACCGUUGCGCAGGAAGUUGAGCAGGAGAAGGGCUCUUCGUACGUUGAAGAACGUGUAUGA